AUGUGCCUCUUCGCCGCUCUGUUCAUCUCCACCGUGCUCUGCUUCUUCUACAGGCACCAGCAACUGCUCGGCGCCGGCAGCCCGUACAGGGUCUCGAACUUCUCUAUGGCAGCGAUCGGCGUCACCUAUUUUAUUAUCGAAAUCGUGCCCUGCUUCUGGUUAUUCCAUUACAUCCAGGUUCGCCAGGUUACCCCAAAAGAGCUGAUGAAUUUGUACCCGGAAUUCGCCAACCUGGCCCCAAUGAUCCUCUCGGGCCCCAAUUUAUUACUCGUCGACAGUGACGUCUAUUUUUUCACCCCAGGGCUGCGCGCGCAUAUUUGCGCCGUAUUUUUAUUAAUGUUUUUCGCGCUGAUACAUGUGGUUACGGUGGCCUGCCUCGUUCUAAACGCAAUUGCGCGUUUGGCGCUGGAGACGCGAGAGUUGAGUCAGAAAACGCGCAUGAUGCAGCGCUACUUCUUGAUGUCGUUGCUGGUGCAGACAUUAAUCCCGGCCGGCUGGAUGGCUCUGCCAUUUGCAGGACAUUUUAUCCUCUUCACCUUCAAGCUGCAGCUAGGGCAAGGUAUCAACCACGUCCUGCUUAUCCUAAUCUCCAGCCACGGAAUUAUCGCCUCAAUCACCACGCUUUGCAUCUACGCCCCCUAUCGGAAUUUCGUACGCCAAUUGACAGGGCGCUGCUACGGGAAAUUGGCCCCUUCAGCGCGCAUCGAAAAGGUGGCCGAAGAUCCGGUUUCCGGAAAAUCGCUGCACCACCACCUGAUGGCCGCCCAGAAGCAGGUUACCUCGAUCAGCAUU